AUGGUCGUAAAACGCCGUGAUAUCCUCCUUGCCUGUGUGGGAGGCUUUGUCGCAUGGGGACUCAUAACGAGCUGGUACCCGUUGAUACGAUUUAUUGGAUACUCUUUUAUCCUGGGGGCCGUGGCUACAUUAGUCUCCUUGGCUAUCAUUUCGAUCGUCAACGUUAGGAAUCCGAAUUACGGCGCCAGGUCCCCGGAGUUAUGCGGCCAGCCAGUGGCUUUCCUGUCUGCUGAUAACUGGCAGCAGGAUUCAAACAAUUACGGAGAUACCAUUAUCUACAAACCUGCUCCCCUCUAUCCGCAAUCGUUUAUCGUUUCCGCGGCGCUGGAUGAAUUACUACAGUUUGUCAAGAGAGACUUUAUUGGGUCAUGGUACGGGAAUAUUAGCAACAAUCCAAAAUUUGCGGAUGAGAUUGAUUCCACUAUCAGAACGGCAAUUGGACAUAUAAAGGAUCGGCUACUAAAGGAAGACUUCGUGGAGAUUUUUGUCGCCAGAAUUGUUCCUAUCGUGACGAACCAUUUGAAAGAUGUUGAUCUGGCGGAACGAGCCGUGAGAGGCAGGAGUCUGAGCCAUGGCGUGACAGAAUCAGAAGAACUAGAGAUUGCUAUUGCUGCUAGGUACAGGGAAGGAAAACUUCAUCCAGCCGCUGCGAUAUCUUCGCCCGACAAGGCCCAAGCUCAACAGGAACACCUACGCAAAAUCGUGGUUUCGCUUCUACCUGCGAUACUUCCUGCAAGCCAAGUGAAUAGUAGGGCAGUAUCAGUCUUGACCCGAGAGAUUAUCGCAUGUGCCGUCUUACUCCCUUUGAUAGGAGUCCUCGCUGACCCAGAUACAUGGAAUCAGUUGAUGGAAGGUUAUGGACGAACAGCCCUUCAGGACCGGAAAACGGUCCGAAGAUUGCGUGAGGCGCUGGACCAACAUGCUCUACCUCUAGCAAAGUCAAAACAAGCCUACAUAUUCCCAAAGCUUAGUCCAAAUGACUCCGAGAGGGACUUUGAGCGCUUCGUUAGGGCAAUACGGCGCUGUAACAACUUAUCUGACGCGAGGAGAUUUAGAAACAAUGUUGCAAGUCAGCUCAAGCGUGAAACCAUGUUUGAUGGACAAGACCCAGUCUAUAUCCGGCGAUUGGAAACCGCAAAGCGGGCAUUGGACCAGAAAGUUGCAAAGCUCUCUGCUCCCAGUGGCGCCAGUAAUGCGCAGCCAUCCACUCCAGAUCAGCCAUAUAGCCACAUCUCAAAGCCACAAGACAUCUCGUUGGUGGACGUUAUGCAUAGCGCAGCCGGGCUGUCCUAUUUCAUGGAGUAUAUGGAUCGUUUGCACCUCAUGUCCUUAGUCCAGUUUUGGAUCGUCGUUAAUGGAUUCAGGAAUCCGCUCGAGAAUGAUAUUGGGGAUGAUAUAUCUUCAGCGCCUGCGUCUUGGACCACAGCAGAUAGAAAUGAUAUGAUUUUGAUAAGCGAGAAUCAUUUAUCGAAACCGGAACUCAAGGUCGACGAGGAGUCUCGGAAGAUUGUCAAAAGUUUCAUCUCGGCUGGCAAGAGGGCGUCAGCAGAACAAUACUGGAGAGCGCGGAAAGUGGUUCUAGCUACCCAGUCAGCAGUUUUGGAAGAGAUGAAACGCAAAUACUAUCCCGCAUUCAAAAAAUCAGACCUUUACUACAAAUUCCUAGCUUCUGACGAAGCGGGAGCGGCAGCAAUGACAACAGCAGCCGCAUCCCCUUCUCAGGAACUAGACAGACCGCCUCUUAGCCGGUCAAUGACUCCCGGGAAUUACCAAGCUUCCCGGGUUUCCUCUCCAAUGCUUCGAACAGACUCCCAAUCCAGCGUGAAGCCAGACUCUCGUCGAAGGUCUACAUUGUUUGGCUCUGAUGUGCUGGAAGGCGGGCAACGCUUAGAUUCAGACAACCCACUGUUCACCGACGACAUUGAGUCUGACAUUAUGGAGGCUUCGACACAUAGUCUUGGCCGAGACUCUCAAAGCGGUGAGACAGAUGUACAGACAAACCGAGUGUUGGAAAACAUGGAAGCUGCUCUCAAUGAUAUUAUUUCCAAUACCCCCAGCGAAUUAAAGGCUGACGAGGCCAAAAGUGGGCUUCCAUCACCGUCCCCAAGAGCCUCGCUCGAUAUGGGUCGCGCAGAUGGGCAGACCACCGAGAAAGGAAAGCCGAGCAUAUCAUCGUUAGGCCUUGUCAAUACAUCUUCUCGAAUUGGGGUAUUUACAGAUGAUGAUUUAUUCCCAGACCAAGAGAAAUUUAUCGAGGAUGAAUAUGCAGACCCAGAUGUGCCAGAGAAUGACAUCCCUAUAGAGGAAGAGAUUCAUGAGGCAGCCCCCGGGGACCUGGGCCUUACAGAAGCGAUAUCGGCUCUAACGGCAGAUAUAGAGAAGCUUGUUUCGCAGGAAGCUGUGAUCGAUUCGUUGACGAGGAAAGCAGAGUUGACGAACAACGUGGCAGAACUACGUAUUCUAGGGAAAUCCAAAUCGAGCUUACGAAGAGAAAUUCGACGUAAAGAGAUGCAGAGACAGCAGUAUAUUGUGCAGGAGAGUGACAAUAGUUUAUAUGGGCGCUCGACGGUUCAAAUACCAUCGAUUUUACUUGAUAAGGAGCCCGAUGGUCGCGAGUACGCUUUAUAUGUGAUCGAGGUGAAACGGAAUGCGGGUGAACAGAUGCCAGUCGCCUCAUGGGCUGUCCCACGACGAUACAGUGAAUUCCACGAACUUCACCAACGCCUUCGAGCACGGUACCCUUCAGUGAGAAACCUGGAGUUCCCACGACGACGUAUGGUUCUAAAACUCCACAAAGAUGUUCUCCAUAAGCGCCGUGUCGCGCUAGAAUCGUACCUAAAACAGAUACUCCUUCUACCCGAUGUGUGCGGUAGUCGUGACCUCCGCGCAUUCUUAUCUCAGCGAGCCAUUGCUCCGUCCCGGGAAAAGACCGGAGAAGGCGAAACUAGAGACAUAGUGACACGUCUUUACAACUCGGUGGCUGACGGCAUGGACGAUUUCCUCGGGAACAUCGCUGUGCUUGAUCAACUCUCUACGGCAGGUCAGAACCUCAUAUCUGCUGCAACAAGCCAGUUGGGCGCCUCCCAGGCUGGAGGACUCGGCGCUGAAGAGGCAGCCACAGCAGCCGAAGCAGAAGCAGAACUUAACGCGUUUGAAGAUCGGGAGCUCGAGCCCUUCAUCAAGCCAAUCUGUGAUAUCUUUUUAGAAAUCUUUGAACUGACGAGGGGCAACAACUGGCUUCGUGGACGAGCGGCUGUUGUUGUCCUACAUCAGUUGCUUGGUGGAACAAUUGAACGCAAAGUGCGGGAAAACGUCAAGUCUCUACUCCAGGAUAACUCUCUGCUCCAUUACAUCGGGCUGAUAAAGGAUACUAUGUGGCCGGACGGGAAGCUGCGUGAGGCCAAGCUUCGAACGGGCCCGGAGAAGCUCAAGAGCCGAGCGGAAGCAAGUGUGAUGCUAGCUACUUUGAUCCCAGAGCUUGCAGCGGGUGUCGUUGGGCGUGCAAAUGCGCAGGCUGCCGCGAGACGGAUAUUUUCAACACUGAAUAACCCACGGCUAAACCUACAUCUUGUUUAUACCAUUCUCGACGAGAUGCUCCUUAUUUUAUCUAAUGGACGAUGA